GUUGGGGGGGCGGCGUGCAUCGGGAGCGCGCACGGAGGCAGCAGCAGCAGCAGCAGCAGGGCGGGCACGAGCCCCGUCCCCGCGCGGCCGCAGAGGGAGAAGCGGAGCGUCGGGCGGUUGUUUACGAGGAGGGCGGCGGAUAACAACCGGGAUAACCGGGAUAACAACCGGACGGAUCGCGGCCGAGAGCGGAGCUUUAAGCGCCAGGAGCGGCGGCGGCGCGACACCCCCCCCCCCUCACCAACCCUCACCGCCCCCCUUUGAGGAACGCGGACCCUCCGCGCGUUGCGGGGCUGUGACCUUCAGCGCCCCGCGCCCCUCCCGGCGCUCCCCACCCCCAGCCCGAGAGGAGGGGGGGAAAAAAAGAGCGAGAAAAAGAGCGAGAAAAAGAGCGAGAGGAGGAGAAGGAUUCACGGAGCGGCUCCGGGAGGCUCCGCGCUGCCGUCCGGCCCCCCCCGCCCCCGCCAUGGCUCGGCGGCUCGGAGGGAUGCGCGGGGCCGGGCCGCGGGGUGAAGCGGCGGGGUGUUGAGCUGCUGAACCGCCCCGAGACCCCGCGGUGUGAUUUUUAUCAUCGACGUUUUCGGAUUUUUUUUUAUUUUUUAUUUUUUUAAAUUCUCGUUAUUUUGAUUUUGAGGCGGCGCCGAGAAGAGGCGGCGUGUCGGGGGGAGCCGAGCUGUACCGAGCUGUACCGAGCUGUACCGUGCUGUGCUGUACCGUGCCGUGCUGUACCGUGCCGUGCUGUGCCAUCGAGCCGUCCCCAUCCCCGCGGCGUUGCGGAGCGGCCGCGCCUCUCGGAGGGCGGAGGGGGGACCCGGCGGGGCAGCCCCGUCCCCGCGCUCAGGGCCGGGCGCGCCGCUGUUGUUGUUUUGUAAUCAGAUUGUCUGGGCCGCCCCCCCCCCCCCCCCGCCUCCCCCGCAGCCCUCCCAGCUCCGUGUGUGUGUGUGUGUGUGUGUGUGUGCGGUGCUGGAAAAUGGAGGCUGAGGAUGCCGAGCGCCGGCCCCGCUCACGGCCCGAGGGCUCCGGGCAGCGGCGCUGAGGGGACGGGGCCGCCGUUGUUUGGCCGCCGGGAGAGCCGUGAUCGCGGCGGGUCGUCGCCCUACGCCGUUGUUAUUAUCCGUAGGGCAGAAGAGGACAGUAAGACACGAGCCGGGGACUCCGUUGUUCUUUUUUGGGAUUUUUUUUUUUUUUUUUUUUUUAAUUUUUCCGGAAAAGGGGAUUUUUUCCAACUAAAAAAAGAGGAAUGAAGUCUGGCGCUGGAGGAGGGUCCCUCGCCGUCUUCUGGGGGUUGCUGCUCGCCUUCGCCGCGCUGUGUUUGUGGCCGACAAAUGGGGAAAUUUGUGGGCCAAACGUUGACAUUCGCAAUGAUAUCCAUGAGCUGAAACGUCUGGAGAACUGUACGGUAGUUGAGGGUUUCCUUCAGAUUCUGCUCAUCUCUAAAGCAGAGGAUUACCGCAACUUCCGCUUCCCGAAGCUGACUGUCAUUACUGACUACUUGCUGCUGUUCCGUGUGGCAGGCUUGGAAAGCCUCAGCGAUCUCUUCCCCAACCUCACAGUCAUUCGUGGGAGGAACCUCUUCUACAACUAUGCCUUGGUUAUCUUCGAAAUGACAAAUCUGAAAGAGAUCGGGCUUCACAACUUGAGGAACAUAACCCGCGGGGCCAUACGGAUUGAGAAGAACUCUGACCUGUGUUACCUCUCCACGGUGGACUGGUCUCUCAUCCUGGAUGCGGUUUCUAAUAACUACAUUGUUGGAAAUAAACCGCCGAAGGAGUGUGGGGACUUGUGUCCAGGAACGAUGGAGGAGAAACCAUUGUGUGAGAAGACCUCUAUUAACAACGAGUACAACUACCGCUGCUGGACCACCAACCACUGCCAGAAAAUGUGCCCCAGCUCAUGUGGCAAGAGAGCCUGCACAGACCAGAACGAGUGUUGCCAUCCUGAGUGCCUGGGGAGCUGCACAGCACCCGACAACAACACUGCUUGUGUGGCCUGUCGCAACUACUACUACGAAGGGGUCUGCAUGCCCACCUGUCCUCCCAACACCUACAAGUUUGAGGGCUGGCGCUGCGUGACCAAGGAGUUCUGCUCCAAAGUCCCUGCCACUGAAACAAGUGAUUAUGAGAGGUUUGUGAUUCACAACGAUGAGUGCAUGGCAGAGUGUCCCUCUGGAUUCAUACGCAAUGGGAGCCAAAGUAUGUUCUGCAGUCCUUGUGAGGGGCCUUGCCCCAAAAUCUGUGAGGAUGGGAAAACAAAGACCAUUGACUCUGUCACAUCAGCACAAAUGUUGCAGGGAUGCACGAUUCUCAAGGGAAAUUUGCUGAUCAACAUCCGUCGUGGAAAUAACAUUGCUUCAGAACUGGAGAAUUUCAUGGGUCUGAUUGAGACAGUGACAGGAUAUGUGAAGAUUCGCCAUUCCCAUGCAUUAGUUUCCCUGUCUUUCUUGAAGAACCUGCGAUAUAUUUUGGGAGAGGAACAGGUGGACGGGAAUUAUUCUUUUUAUGUGCUCGAUAACCACAAUCUGCAGCAGCUGUGGGACUGGAACCAUCAUAACUUGACGAUCAAGGAGGGGAAAAUGUACUUUGCAUUUAAUCCUAAACUCUGCGUUUCUGAGAUUUACCGUAUGGAGGAAGUUUCGGGAACCAAAGGGCGACAGAGCAAAGGAGAUAUAAAUCCAAGGAACAAUGGGGAGAGAGCCUCUUGUGAAAGCCACAUUCUGCGUUUUGUUUCCAACACAACACUGAAGAAUCGGAUUAAACUGACGUGGGAACGGUAUCGUCCUCCAGAUUACAGAGAUCUCAUUAGCUUCACUGUUUACUACAAAGAAGCGCCAUUCAAAAAUGUGACAGAGUAUGAUGGACAAGAUGCGUGUGGCUCCAAUAGCUGGAAUAUGGUUGAUGUUGACCUGCCACCAAACAAGGAGAAUGACCCUGGAAUUUUACUGCAGGGAUUGAAACCUUGGACUCAGUAUGCCAUUUAUGUCAAGGCUGUUACCCUCACUAUGAUGGAAAACCAUCACAUUCAUGGAGCAAAAAGUGAAAUUGUGUAUAUACGAACCAAUGCUGCAGUACCAUCCAUUCCCUUGGAUGUUAUUUCAGCAUCCAACUCCUCUUCCCAAUUGAUUGUGAAAUGGAAUCCUCCCUCUCUUCCCAAUGGCAACCUCUCAUACUACAUUGUACGAUGGCAGCAGCAACCUCAGGACAGUUACCUUUACAGACACAAUUACUGCUCCAAAGAUAAAGUCCCAAUUCGAAGAUAUGCUGAUGGGACCAUUGAUACAGAAGAAGCUACUGAACCCACCAAGCCAGAGGGCUGCGGGGGAGAAAAAGGACCUUGUUGUGCUUGUCCCAAGACAGAGGCAGAAAAACAAGCUGAGAAGGAGGAAGCAGAGUACCGCAAAGUCUUUGAGAACUUCCUUCACAACUCCAUCUUUGUCCCCAGACCUGAUCGGAAGAGGAGGGAUGUGUUCCGAAUUGCAAAUGCCACUUUGGCCACUCGAAACAGGAACACAACUGGGGCAGAUCACUUCACCAACGUUUCUGAUGCAGAGGAGAGUGAGGUGGAAUACCCGUUCUUUGAGACCAAAGUGGAUGGCAAGGAGAGAACUGUGAUCUCCCAUCUCCAGCCUUUUACUCUUUACCGCAUUGAUAUUCACAGCUGCAACCAUGAAGCUGACACGCUUGGUUGCAGUGCUUCCAACUUUGUCUUUGCAAGAACCAUGCCUUCAGAGGGAGCAGAUAACAUUCCAGGAACAGUAGCAUGGGAAGCAAAAGAAGAAAACACCGUCUACCUGAAGUGGUUAGAGCCUACAAAUCCAAAUGGGCUGAUACUAAUGUAUGAAAUCAAGUAUGGGCAGCAUGGAGAGGAGAAACGAGAAUGUGUUUCAAGACAGGAAUACAAGAAGCUUGGAGGGGCGAAGCUGACUCAUCUGAACCCUGGAAAUUAUUCUGCUAGAGUUCAGGCCACAUCAUUGGCUGGAAAUGGAUCUUGGACUGAGCCAGUCUCUUUCUAUGUACAACCCAAAUCAAACUAUGACAACUUCCUCCAUUUGAUAAUUGUGCUCCCCAUUGCUUUCCUGCUCAUCAUUGGGGGUUUGCUGAUAAUGCUGUAUGUCUUUAACAAGAAGAGGAACAGUGACAGACUGGGCAACGGAGUGCUGUAUGCGUCUGUGAACCCUGAGUACUUCAGUGCUUCGGACGUGUACGUUCCAGAUGAAUGGGAGGUGCCCCGCGAGAAGAUCACGAUGUGCCGGGAGCUUGGGCAAGGCUCCUUUGGGAUGGUGUAUGAGGGAAUAGCCAAGGGAGUGGUGAAGGAUGAGCCGGAGACCCGGGUGGCCAUCAAAACGGUCAAUGAGUCUGCAAGCAUGCGUGAGAGAAUAGAGUUCUUAAACGAGGCCUCUGUGAUGAAGGAGUUCAAUUGUCACCAUGUGGUUCGCCUGCUAGGUGUUGUUUCUCAGGGCCAGCCUACCCUAGUUAUCAUGGAGCUGAUGACACGUGGGGACCUCAAAAGUUAUCUGAGAUCAUUGAGGCCAGACACAGAGAGUAAUCCUGGCCAAGCACCUCCAACUCUGAAGAAGAUGAUUCAAAUGGCAGGAGAGAUUGCUGAUGGGAUGGCAUACCUCAACUUCAACAAAUUUGUUCACAGAGAUCUUGCAGCAAGAAACUGCAUGGUGGCAGAAGAUUUCACAGUGAAAAUCGGAGAUUUUGGCAUGACAAGGGAUAUCUAUGAAACAGAUUAUUAUCGCAAAGGGGGCAAGGGGCUUCUCCCUGUCCGCUGGAUGUCCCCCGAGGCCCUCAAGGAUGGCAUCUUCAACACUCAGUCUGAUGUCUGGUCUUUUGGUGUUGUACUUUGGGAGAUUGCAACAUUAGCGGAGCAGCCGUACCAAGGCAUGACCAAUGAGCAAGUGCUCCGCUUCGUGAUGGAAGGAGGCCUGCUGGAAAAACCAGACAACUGCCCUGAUAUGCUGUUUGAACUGAUGCGCAUGUGCUGGCAGUACAACCCCAAGAUGAGGCCCUCCUUCCUGGAAAUCAUCAGCAGCAUUAAGGACGAGCUGGAUCCAGCGUUCAAAGAGGUCUCCUUCUAUUACAGCGAAGAGAACAAGCCUGCAGACACAGAGGAGCUUGACCUGGAGACUGAGAACAUGGAGAGCAUUCCUUUAGAUCCCUCCUCUACCCUCCAACCCACUGACAAGCACUCAGGACACAAAGCCGAGAACGGCCCAGGUGUGGUGGUCCUUCGGGCCAGCUUCGAGGAGAGACAGCCGUACGCACACAUGAACGGGGGACGCAAGAACGAGAGGGCCUUACCGCUGCCCCAGUCUUCGGCCUGCUGAUCCUUGGACCCAGAGUCUGACAGAAACACAACGCAGACAAGCGCGUCUAUUGGGGGAAGAAAGAAAGAAAAUAACAAUAUAUUCAAAAGCCCUACUGUACCUCAGUGGAUCUUCAGAACUGCCAUAGCUGCACUUGGGAAGAACCCUUUUUUUCAGUAAACAAGUUAUCGUUUUGUUUUUUUGUUUGUUUUUUUUUUUUCUUUUUUCAAUAUGCAAGCAGAUGUUUGUUUUGGUAAAGGACUCCAUUCAUGGGGCACACAGUUGGCCUUUUAAAACUCUGAUGUUAACACUUAAUAGCAACAGAAAACUUGAGAUUUGAUCUCUCUCUCUCUCUCUCUCUCUCUCUGUCUCUCUCUCUCUCUCCUCUCCUUCUUUCUGUCUGUCUUUGCUUCAUAAUGGGAAACAUAUCUGCGUGCAGGUUCAACCGUACGGCACUUUUAUCAGAUCAAAGAUAUCGCAGGCCAGGUGGCUCCCUGCAGGCACCUGCCUGACACUGUAGGUCUUUAUUUAAAAAAAAGAAAAAGAAAAAGAAAAAAAAAAAAA